AUGGCACCUGAAAGUCCAGCUAUUUGCAAAUGUUACUCUGUUUUGUUUUGUUAUCCUAUUCAUCUCACUGGAAAAGCAGUGAAGAACCUGUGCCAGUUCUGUGACCCUGCAGGACUGCAGCCAGCAGUGUUUCGAGAUAAUAAUGCUAGAGUUGUGGGGCUCAGAGCAGCCCAGAGUAGGGAAACCAGCUCUGCAGUUGCAUGGAGCAACAGUAGCUCCAUCCAGAUCCACCUCCUCCAAGGUCACCUCGACCACAGAGCUUCUUGCAGGCCCGUCUCUGAUGACGGCAAACGCGGCAGCACGUUUUUUGCUGCUCCCCGCCCAUAUUUCCCAGCGGAGCUCCCCGGGGCGGAGGGACCCCGGACCACGGCUCCGCUCGGGGUGGGCGCUGCCGAAGGGCGCGGGGAUGCGGCGAAAGGCGGCCCCGGCACUGUGCUCUCCGCCCCGCGGGGAUGCGCGCAGCGGCGCGGGGGAGGGAUCGCGCCUUGCUCCCCCCAGAGCUGCGGCCCCGGCCCGGCCCCGCCGCCCGCCUCCCUCCCUGCCCCGCUGUCAGAGCCGGCCGCCCGCGGGGCAGCGGGGCACGGCGGGUGUGCGGCGUCUCCCUGCGGUGGCUGCUUUGGUACCGAGGGCGGCGGCUGCGCCCCAUGCGGGGUCCGUCCGUCUGUCCAUCCAUCCAUCCAUCCAUCCGUCCAUCCCUGCGUGGGCGGCGGCUCGUGUGUGUGUGUGACUGACAGUGCGGCGCGCACAGCGCGGGGCAGCCGCCCCUCGCAGCCUGCCGGGGCCACGGCGGCGCGCCGCGGCUGCGGCAGCCCCUUCUCCGUCCCCCGGAGCCCUCCCCAGUGGGGGCGACCUCAGCGGCCUCGCUGCUCGUCCUCCUCCUCCCUCCUGGCGGGGCAAGUUUUUCAGAUUCAGGAGAGAAUACUUUGUCACGUGUUUGUAAAGCAGCCAGGUCUCUACAGUCUCUGGGCAGAUUCUGGCACUGUAGUCAUAAGGAGCACUCACGGUGACAGAGAACACAGCACAUUGUAACUACAGGACUUUCACUCGACUGUGAAAGAUCUCUAUCAAGCCUCACAGAGAAUUUGAGGCAGCUGGCAGUUAUCAGCUGAAGCAGGUAGUCAGUAGAAGUGUAGAAGAUAAAUAGAUAAUUGAAAGCCAAUCUGGAAACCUGGGAGAGAUAAUAAGCCUCUCUUCUAGAAGGGAGCCAACAACUCAUAAAAUAUUUUCCUCCCGAAGUUCCUCACUUCAAAUGGAUGCAUUUUAGAGCUUCUCUUAUCUGAUGUCAUGAUCUUUUUCUACUGAAAUGGGAUUGCUCCAUCUCUACAACAUAACAAUGGCCAUGAACAAAGACUGGUUCAUAGGUGUUCUUUUCUGCUUCCAAGGAAAAAGAUGGGCAAAGGAGGAGCAUAAUUUGCAUUGCCUCUCUUCAGAAGGGAGUUUACAGCUCUAGUCUUGAGUUAAACAGCCAUUUAUGCUGAAGAACAUGUAGCCCAGAGCUCUGCCUGUCAUCUUUGUGUAUGUGUGUAUCUGUGUAUGUGUGUAUGCCUGUGUGCCUGUGCGUGCCAAAAGAAUAGUGCCUGCUUUGAAAACCUUUGCUUCUGUCACAUAUUUCCUAAAUUGGACACACAGGUAGUCUCAAUAAAAAAUAACAGCUGUCUUAGAAAUAUUCAGUUGCCUAGAUUUUGAUAAAGUACAAUAUCAAUUCAAGAAUUUUUCUUCUGUUCUUCUGAAAAACUAUUAUUAACAAAAUUGAAAGUGAAAAAUGAGUCUGUGAGGUCAGACUUGCUCCUAAAUACAAUUUGCUCUUACCAUUCGGGUAUUACUGUUAUGGCUAUUAUGACAUUUCUAUGAAUAAAAAAUUUAUAUUAUAAGAAGA